AGUUUCCUUAAAGACAUGGGACGUGCUGAAUACUAUAGCGUAACCGACGAAGAAGCCUUGGAAGCGUUCAAGAGAGUGUCGCGGUUAGAGGGAAUAAUUCCGGCGCUGGAGACAUCACACGCGCUUGCUCACCUCGAUAAGCUAUGUCCCACGUUACCGGACGGAACGAGAGUGGUCUUGAACUUUAGUGGAAGAGGAGAUAAAGAUGUUCAGACGGUGGCUAAAUAUCUUGAAGUUUGAAAAGA